UUUUCCCAUUCGGUAUCCGGCCCCACCACCCUCACGGGGGUAGGUGAGUUGGAGUACCUUUCCCCCUCUAUAAAUGCUUCGUUUCACUCUCUGUUUCCCUGCCAUCGAAUUUCAAAUUCAAGAUCCGAUUUAAUCCAUCAAGCACGCACGAUCAGUUUCUCCGGAUAAUUAUUAAGUCAGCAUGCCGGUCCGCAGCUCAUCCACCAAUGGCCAGAUGGUGUGCGUCACUGGCGCCGGGGGGUUCAUCGCUUCCUGGAUCGUCAAACUUCUCCUCGAACGCGGCUAUGCCGUCAGAGGAACAGUUAGAAAUCCAGAUGAUCCGAAAAACUCGCAUUUGAGAGAGAUGGAAGGAGCGAAGGAGAGAUUAACUCUGUGCAAGGCCGAUCUUCUUGAUUAUGAGAGUUUGAAAGCGGCCAUUGAUGGCUGCGAUGGAGUUUUUCAUCCGGCUUCCCCUGUUACCGAUGAUCCAGAACAAAUGGUGGAGCCGGCGGUGGUGGGAACGAAGAAUGUGAUAAACGCGGCAGCAGAGGCAGGGGUUCGGCGCGUGGUGUUCACGUCAUCAAUUGGCGCAGUGUACAUGGACCCGAAUCGGAGUCCAGACGUGGUGGUGGACGAGAGUUGUUGGAGCGAUCUCGAGUUCUGCAAGAACACCAAGAAUUGGUAUUGUUACGGGAAGGCAGUGGCGGAGCAGGCGGCGUGGGAGGUGGCGAAGGAGAGAGGAGUGGACCUGGUGGUGGUGAACCCGGUUUUGGUGCUUGGACCGCUGCUUCAACCGACCGUGAACGCCAGCAUUAUUCACAUCCUCAAGUAUCUGAACGGGUCAACCAAGACGUACGCCAACUCGGUGCAGGCCUACGUCCACGUGAGGGACGUGGCCUACGCCCACAUCCUCCUCUAUGAGACUCCCUCCGCCGCCGGCCGCUACCUCUGCGCCGAGAGCGUCCUACACCGCGGCGAGGUCGUCGAAAUUCUCGCCAAGCUCUUCCCCGAGUACCCAAUCCCCACCAAGUGCUCCGACGAGGUGAAUCCAAGAAAGCAGGCCUAUAAAUUCUCAAACCAAAAGCUUAAGGACCUAGGGUUUGAGUUCGUACCGGUGAAACAAUGUCUAUACGACACCGUCAAGAGCCUGCAAGAGAAGGGUCACCUUCCCAUUCCCGCCCAUCACGAUGACGACUCCGUUCAUACACAGUCUUGAGGUCAUCUAGACAUUUACUUAUUCUACUAGCGGCCAUACUAUGCAUACGUAUAGUAGAACCUGGCGCCCUUGGUGGUUGGUGAAUUAUAUAUAAUAAUUAAAAUUGUAAGGAAAGAGUAAUAGUAUUAACUAUAUCUAAUUGAGUAUUAUUCUCUCUUCUUCAGUUAA